AUUAAUUUCUCUUUCUCUGUAAUCAGCGAAAAAAUAAUUAAUUUAUAAUAAAUAGGCGGAAACAUUAAAAUUACCUUCGUCGAAUCUCUUUCCCGUCAAUUGGUUCUUCGAUGGACGAAUCAUCUUAUCGCAACCUCACGGACUUACUCAGGAGAAGCUCUGUUACAGAGACAUCUUGCUAUGCUCAGUUCCUAUCAUGAUCGGGCUUUUGAUUGGGUGGUCUUGGCGUCCGAGGUGGACCGGUUUGGUUUAUCUAGGUCUCCGUUUUCUCUGCACUGUUCCGCCCGGUUUCGGAGCUCGCCGUGUUUGGCUUGCUUUCACCGCUCUCUCAGUGUGUCGCACUUUAUGGUCAAGGCUCGGUUCGAGUGACAAGAAAUCGGAAGAGAGUGGUGAAACAGAAGCAAUCUCAAGAGUUAGUGAUACAGAAGAUACAGAGAAAGAGCAGGAUCUAGAGCAUUUGCUGCAUCUGCUUGAAGCUGAAAAUGCUAAUAUGGAAUGGCAAUCUAUGAUGGAUAAGUCUACUCCCAAUGUGAGCUACCAGGCCUGGCGACAUGAGCCUCAGGUCCUGUUGUGUAUCGUAGUCGGACUGUUUUUGAGGACGCAACUCCAGAAACUGUUAGGGAUUUCUUCUGGGACGAUGAGUUUCGACCUAAAUGGGAUCCUAUGCUUGCUUACUUCAAAACUUUGGAAGAAGAUCCUAAUACAGGAACAACUAUUGUUCACUGGAUUAAAAAGGAGAAUAUGGGAAUCUGAAAAGAAGUAUUAUGCUGUGACUAAGGGAGUACCGUAUCCAGCUCUACCAAAGCGUGAUAAACCCAGGCGAGUUGAGAUUUAUUUCUCAAGCUGGAUUAUCAAAGCGGUUGAAUCUCGAAAAGGAGAUGGACAACUGUCAGCUUGUGAAGUCUCUCUUGUCCACUGCGAAGACAUGGGAAUCCCAAAAGACGUAGCAAAGUUAGGAGUCCGUCAUGGCAUGUGGGGAGCCGUCAAAAAGCUAAACUCCGGGUUAAGGUCUUACCAAACCGCUAGAAAAGCAGGGGCGGCUCUGUCACUGAGCGCGCAAAUUGCAAGAAUCACUACAAAACUGAACAUGGAUGUGGCUGAAACAUCGAGGGUAGAUGAAGAAGAGAGAGGGCGAGACAUGGAGAAGGCAAGGAGACGAAAGGAUCAGUUCAGUGUAGAUUGGAAGUUGAUCGUUGUAGGAGGAGUUGCACUGGCGUGUGGGCUUCAUUCAAGUGCUAUUGGCAAGGCCUUAAUGUUUGGAGCUGCGCAGAGACUUGCUCACGAACUUUCUUGCCUAUGUACAUCUUCUGAUUUGGUUUGAAGAUCCUCUGCGUAUGGUACAAAAUCAUCACCAAAUCUUGUUUCCGAUUCAUCUGAAUCCCAAUCCUCAUCGUCUAUUUCAGAAACUUCUCCUUCUGCCAGAAUAGCAGCUUCUUCUCCUUCUCCAUAUGUCUCUG